UUGCGUAAACUAUGACUAUCAGUUAUGUCGUAUCGCACAACAAAUAUUCAUACAUGAGACAUUUCUCUUAUCUUUAUUGACGCGUCUUGAAAACUUUUCCUAUACACAUCCUUCCUCUUUAAAACCUUCGAAGAGCACCGUCGAUCGUUUCCAUGACGAGAAAGAAACCGAUCGAGUGAGCAAAAGAAUCGUGCUCGAAAGAGAACAUGUUAGAAAGUAGAGGGAGAGGAGAGAAGAGGAGAGAGAGAGAGAGAGAGAGAGAGAGAGAGAGAAAGAGAGAGAAAGAGAGAGAGAGAGAGAGGUAACUGGAGGAAUAAAAAAGACAGAAAAAUAUAAAGGGAAGGGAGAGAGAGAGAGAGAGAGAGAGAGAGAGAGAGAGAGAGAGAAAAGAAAGAAAGAAAGAAAGAAAGAGAAACCUCAAAGAAAACUCGUGCACGAUCUUCCAACGAUCGAAACGUUCAACCGGUAUAUGGCAUUAUUGCUUUUUGGAAUGCCGUCGAUCGAUGCUUUUUUGUUGCAUAUAAGCUUCUUUAUAGCCAUUCUAUUUCCUCCGUUUUAAACGUUGAUUCGAGCGAGCGUUUAUGAAAAUACCGCUCACCGUUCCUAGAGACGUCCAACUCCACGAGGUUCUCAAAGUUCUGUAUGUCCGGCGGCAAACGACCAAUUUCAUUGUCACUGAGACCGAGCUUUCGAAGCCUCUGAAGACGGAAGAAGUUCUGAAAAAGAUAAGGAAACAUCGGUGUUAACGUAUUGACAUGGUAAGUCCGAUAAGAAGAAAAGAAACGUAUAGUAUGAUGACAACGCAUAGCAUCGUCUCCAGAAGAAUUACGUCGUAAGCGUUCCAUGUCUAUUGUAGCGCGACGGGAGGAGACGUCAUGGAGGCGGUAGGAGAAAAAGAGACGAAAGAGAAAAGAGGGGGAGAGGUGCGAAAGAGAAAGAGCGAAAGAAAGAAAGAAGCGAUAAAGUUGGCAUGCGGCGAGUUUAUAAUUACUUACCUUCGGCAGCUCGCGUAUGUGAUUUGCGUCGAGCAGAAGUUCCUCCAAACUCCUCGAGUAUCUCAGGAUAUCGUCGGGGACGCUCGGCAGAGAGCAAUGACGCUUGUCAACGUAUUCCACCUGCCUGUUACACCCUUUAAAAAUUGGAAUGUAGCGGAACAUCGUAUCCCUUUUUUCACUGUCGAUCACGUACGGGUGCGUCGAAGAAACGCGGAGCGAAACAAGCGGCACAACACACACUUUCACGCCCUACUCGGCUUUAAAACGCGCUCACUGCUUGUGCUUCCAAAUCUGACGUCAUCAUGUCCACGAAUCACAAAGCGCGUCGUUUUGCUUCAAACGUUAACGUCGAUUGUCGCGCCGCAGUUUGGAUAUUUUUCGAAUUAUAUCAAUAUGGCUACUUAUCCUUACUCCUUUAAGUGCUAUUACGAACAAGCCAUAUGGAUGUGUCUUAUGUUCUAUGUGAUUUCUCACUUACAAAAUUAAAUUAUCAGUGGCGAAAGAUAACGAUCUUAAGCGUAUCUAUGAUACAAAUGUAUAAUAUCAAAUGUGAACGCAGGUGUUUUUUAUAGUAACUAUAUAUAUAUAUGUGUCAAGCUAAAUCAUUGUCAGCCAAUAAGAAAAUAGAAUGGACCAUUGUUCUCUUCGGAUUAAAUAUUUGUUAUUUAAAAGAUAAUUGUUUUAUGAAGAAAAUUAAAAUUGGUGUCGGAUGAUUUCCCAUGAUAUAAUAAAAAAUAGAAAGUCGUACUCUAUAUGAGUAUUCUGAAAUGAUAAGUUUCAUUUCUGUUCUUUCUGUAGGAAAUAAAAUUCAUGAACUUUAUUAUUUUUAUGAUCAAGAAUUAAAUUUUUUUCUUAAUUUGCAUAACUGUAAAUAACUAAUCUAUGUUAUUACAUUCGUCGAGCAAAAUAAUUUAUUAAUAAUUUAUUUAUUCAAAAUAAACAAUAUGGAUGUAGAAAUUUUAUCAAAUUACUUGGAUACAUACCAUGGACGGGAUAAAAUUUUAAGAACUUUGUCAUAUAUAGCAAAAUUAACUACAGUGGCUACUACAUCUAAAAUAACGGAAGCAAAAUUGAAAACAUUUAGUAGUAAAAUGAGUGAAUGUAGAGUGAUUUUACGUUUAUUAGAUGACUUACCAAUAUUUUAUUAUGCAAGAAAAUAUGGAUGGGGAAAACAGGAAUCUGACUGGUUUAUUAGAAGUAUAGAACUGAUACAAAUCGCCGUGGAUAUGAUCUUUAGUCCUAUAGAACAUAUCUGUUGGGCUGGAGAGAAUCAAAUUGUCUCGCUUAAUUCUGCAAAAUGGGAUAAUAUUACUAUAUGGCUUUGGGUAGUGUCUCUCUAUCUUUCUUUAACAAAGUCAUUGAGAAAAAUAAGUCAAUUGAAAUUAAACAAAUUAAAAGGAAAUGAAAUGUGUGCAAACUCGAAUGAAACAGACAAAAGAAUUAAUCAUGUUAUUCAAGAAGAAUUAAUAACAUCCCUAUGCUUGAUAUUGGACAUAAUUUAUGCAGUCAGUUAUCUUCCAAGUGGAAUACUUUGGGGUGGAUUUUUAAAAACAUGGCAUAUUGGGGCACUCGGUACUAUAUCCUCUUGCAUUUCUCUUUACCGAGCAUUGCAUAAAAAAAUAAUGGAAAAAAAAAAGUUAUAAUUAUCAGAACAUUGAAAUAUAUCACAUGAUUAAUUGAUUAAUGAAUAAGUAAUAUCAUCACUAUUUUGUAAAUUUGUAUAAAAAUGUAUAAUAAAUUGUGCUAUAAUGAAAUUUAGAUAUGAAAACGUAUUUUUAAUAAACUAGAUAAUAAACUAGAA